GAUAAAAAAUCCCUCUUUAAACUUUAAAUAAUCUAAAGAAUGGAAGAACUAGAUACGCCGCAAAUAAUUACUCAUAUAGAAAACAAUCUUAAUCAUUCGUUAUUUGAUUGCAAAUGGAUCCCAUGUUCGGCAAAAUUCGUAGUUGUUGGUUGUUUACCAAGAGGUUCCGGCACAAUCGAAAUUUUCGAAAUAACUUCAGGUGAAGCAAAGAAAAUUAAGGAAAUAGAAAGACCGAAUUCAUUUAAAUGUGCUACUUUUGGUGCUAGCAGUGAUAUUGAAAGGAGAUUGGCUACAGGUGAUUUUAAAGGGACAUUAGAAAUAUGGGACCUGGAGAAGAGUUGCCAGGUGUACAUCACAAAAGAGCACACAGACAUUAUCAAUUCCAUAGAUGGCGUGGGGGGUAGUACUGUUAACUGUGGAGCACCGGAAAUUGUUACUGGCAGUAGAGAUGGAACAGUAAAAGUAUGGGAUCCCCGUCAAAGAGGCAAACCGGUCGCCAACAUGCAGCCUGUUAAGGGGGAGACUAAGAGAGACUGCUGGGCCGUCGCGUUUGGUAACUCCUUCAAUGAUGCUGAAAGAAUAGUAGUCGCCGGAUAUGACAAUGGAGAUUUAAAGAUGUUUGAUUUACGCACUAUGUCGCUCAGAUGGGAAUGUAAUUUAAAAAAUGGGGUAUGUUCAGUUGAAUUUGACCGUAAGGACAUUCCAAUGAACAAAAUUGUCGCGACAACUUUAGAGGGCAAGUUUCAUGUAUUUGAUGUGAGGACGCAAAAUCCUAGCAAAGGUUUUGCUCAGGUGCUAGAUGAUGCGACGAAAAGUGGCACUAUAUGGGUGGCUCGUCAUGUUCCGCAAAACCGUGAUCUGUUUUUAACUUGCGCUGGAAAUGGUCAAGUUUCACUCUGGAAAUACGAAUACCCGGAACAGAGAUACCGCACAGACGCUCAAGGCGUCGCCGUCGGCGUGCCCGGCAAACUCAAGCGGCUGCAGCGGAUGGUGAUCAGCUCUCAGCCAAUCAACGCGCUGGAGUGGAACAGAGACCAUCUCGGACUCGCCGUAGCCACUGCCUACGACCAGUGUAUUAGGGUGCUUAUUACUACAAAGCUGAACCUACAAUAAUGGCCAUAUAGGUUUAUUUUGAAUGUGGAUUGUCUACUAUCGCGUUUUCUUAUGAAUUAGAUGUCAUUAGUUGGAUCUCUCUCUUAGUAAUCACUGAACAUUAUUGGGGAAAAAACAGUGUAGAAAAUAGUAAUGUUGAGAAAUGACAGAUAUAAAGCCUACAUUCCGGAUAAUGCUUUUCCAGAUGUAGUAUACUUAAUUGUUCAAAAAUGACUGCCUUACCCUUCUGUCAAAAAUAACCCUAUAGUGAGACCUCAUGGUUCUUCAAUGUGCCUUCGCAAAUCUCUAGUUAAUAGUAAGAUACUUUUAUUUUUUAAGUUAGCCUCGUCAAAGCAUUAUCUAACAGAGUUGAAAAUGUAUUGAUGCUUUAUUAGACAAAAAGGCCAUAUGUGUAAAAAACAUCGUAAGAUACUGUCGCACACAUAAGUGGCUGAGCAAAAUAAAAAUUCAAAUCGGCUAUACACUUUUGGGUUCUUACCCACAUUUAUUUCCUAACAAAAAUAAUAUAGAGUAUUCAGAAAAAAAUGUUCCAUUUAAACUUAACGUGUAUAUUUGAAGUUGAUAUUGUUUGAUUACUUUUGUGUCUGACUGUACCAUUAAACUGAUACAUAAUAUUGAGUUUUGUAAUAAUACUUUAUUCUAUUUAAGGUUUUAAAAUAAUUUUGCAUGAAUAACAAAGCUUUGCCAGUCAUGACAUCUACUGUCAAUGUGCGUCGACAAAGCAGACUCCUAUUUUUAAUUUAAGUUACUAUAAUUUUAUGAUAAUAAAAUAACUAUUAAACAAAAUAAUUGAUUAUAUUAUUCCUUACAAGGUAA